ACAACUACACCAGUAAGAUGAGCGAUUCACUGUCAUCAACAUCGAGUGAUUGCUCUAGCACAUGCACCGUCCAUGGGCAUUGUGUGGUCUACUACUGCAGAGACUGCCGGGUGACGGUUUGUGGCACCUGCGUGACCGACAGCAGUCAUCGAAAACACGAAUUUGAAACGCUGACGAAAGGAUUUGAAUUGCAUAUCGAGGCAGUGGCAGAACGAGUGAAAACCCUAAACAAAACCAUGAAAGAGCAGACUAACAUCAAACCUCGGGUGUUAAAAGCAAGGGACGAACUUGAGGACAUGUUCAACCUCGCAAAAGAAAAAGUGGCAGAGCAGUACCACGAGCUGCGGGAACUGAUGGAUCAGAAUAUGCAGCAAGCAUUUAUGCUGAUUUUGGCCCUGAGAGAGAGAAUGAUUCAGGACACGGACCAGCUAGUUCAAUUUGGAGAGGAAUACGAGGAGAAGAGGAAGCACAUCCAAUGUAGUGUGAAAGCACUAAAAAGGACGCAGGACACAGAUGAUGGUGCCAUCAUUUCGAAGAUUGAGGAAGUGGAAGCACAAAUUGAAGAAAUAGAAGACUAUCACAGGAACGUUUUUGAAAUAAUUACAUUUGACAAACAAAGACUGAAAGCACUUGAACAUUCCAUUUCAAAGAUUGUACAAAUGAAUAAGGAUCUGCUGCCCAGGCCGUGGGAAUUUGGAGAGAAUAUCACCUUUGAUGAUGGUGCAUCUCAUGAACACCUGAAGAUUUCUAGAGACAAGACCAAGGUACAAUACGUUGCAUCACAAUCCUCCAACAAAAGGCGAAAAAGAAAGCAAAUAGAGACUGUGUUCAAUGUUCUGGCUUCCCAGUCCUUUACUGAGGGACGCCACUACUGGGAAGUGAAUGUGAAGAACACAAAGUGCUGGACUGUUGGUGUGGUGGAGAAAGACUGGGUAAAGAAGGGCAUUAAGCAAGUUCUGGGCCAAGACAUGCUGUCAUGGGUGCUCCAGAUGGAUGGAGACUCACUGGUGGCCCUGCACAAGCAUGACACCACCAUGAUCACAGAGGCAGUGAUAGAACGACUGGGAGUCUUCCUUGACUUCAAAAAGGGUAGACUGCAGUUCUUUAAUGUUCACAGAGGAACCGUCCUGCACACCUUCGUGGAGAAGUUCAAAAAUCCACUUGUUCCUGCCUUCAGCAUUGAAUCGCAAAAAGGCAGCACACCCGAGAUGAGACUUUGUGUCCUCGUGCUAAGGGAUAUGGACAGAAAUUAUGACAGUGGGCAACGGAGAGAAUCAACAGAUUCUGGCAAUGGGAGAGCUUUUAACAGCUCCAGUAGUGCUACUGGACGAAGCAGUCAGUCAUCCAGUCCUCUGACAACUGAGUCCACAGCUAGACUCUGA